AUGCGGAGUUCUCUCCUCUCUGCUUGCGGAGCCCUGUUCCUCUCUGCAGGUGCUCUUGCUACCGAUGCGACCUGGACAAACUACACCUAUAAGACCGGUCCCUGGCAACCUCCUCAGCUGGUUGUGAACAAGACCGGUGCCUACGAUCCAAGUUUAAUUUUUAUUCCUGUCCGUAACUCCAACACUGCCGGCACUGCAGUCACUAUCUAUGGCAAUGAUGGCAAACUCGUAUAUCAGGGUCCCGAGGAAAUCACUAUGGACUUCAAGAUGCAGCAACUCUUCGGCAAGAAUGUCAUCACAUUCUGGUCUGGCACUCCUCAGAUUGCCGGUGGAUAUGGAUACGGCAAAGUCCACAUCCUUGACGAUACAUACAAGGAGAUCUACACCAUCACCCUCGAUGAGGGCUUCUUGACCGCUGAUGGCGACGCCUAUGAUUCUUACAUCGAUGUUCACGAGCACAUCAUCACCCCACGCAAUACUAUCAUCGUCUCUGCCAUCAACGUGACUCAGCACGAUCUCAGCUCUGCCGGCGGUCCAACUGACGGCUGGAUGACCGUCAGCCAGUUCUACGAGAUUGAUAUCCCUACCAACAAGGUUGUCUACAAGUGGGAUGCUCUGGAGCACCAGGAGGCUAUUCCUCUAUCGAGCUCCAAGUACUCUCCUCCCUCCGGUAACUCUCGCAAGACUCCCUGGGAUUGUUACCACAUGAACUCCGUUGAGACUACCAACGAUGGUUUCCUGGUGUCUUUGCGAUUUUUCUGGUCCGCUUACUACCUUAACCAAGACGGCACUGUCCGCUGGCAAUUCUCCGGCGCCGACGAUGAGGGUGACUUUUUCGGCGAAGAUAACCGUUUCUCCUGGCAACACCAUGCUCGCAUUUACAACGAGACCGACGAGUCGCUCGUCCUAAGUCUGUUCAACAACGCCAACGGUCAACAAGAAUCUCAGAGUGUCACUACCGGCAUGUCCUGGGACGUCGACCUGGCCUUCAUGACCAGUACCAUGCUGCACAACCUGACCGAUCCUAACGACCCGAUCAAGACUCAAACCCAAGGCAGCGUCCAGUUCCUCGGCGCAGCUGCCCCUACAAGUAACAUGUUUAUGGGCUAUGGAUCCGUCCCCAUGGUUAAGGAAUACGAUGGUGCUGGCAAUGUUGUCUUUACCGGCCAAUUCGCCCCUCUUGGCAAAGGAGAGUCAUACCGUGCUUUCAAGUUCCCCUGGACUGCUACCCCCAUGUGGAGCCCCGUCGCUGUUGCCGAGACAUCUGACAGCUCUACUACUGUCUACAUGAGCUGGAACGGUGCUACAGAGUACGAUAACUGGGCUAUUUACUCUGUUCCGUCGGCUAACUCCAAUGCGACAACCCUGCUUACCACUGUUGAGCGCGAUGGCUUUGAGACUCAUGUCACCCUGCAGUCAUUGAGUGCCACCUACUUGAAGGUUGCUGCUCGCAAGGGAAGCAAGACUAUGCGCUUCUCCGAUACUAUCAGUGUUUAA